AGAAUUUAAGGUUCGUUUAGCCAUGUCCAAAAUCAAGCGUUUCUUUUCCAAGAAGAAGGAGGAGGCGUCUUUCAAGUUGCGAUUGGGCGGCGGCAUGGGUCAGGGUCAUAAGCUAAAUGAGCCGAAGCCCGAUGCACCGUCAAGCAGCUCAUCGAGACGCAGUAAGGAUGCCUAUGUGCCACCCAGACGCAAAGAGCUAAGUAAUGAGGCGCGCGCUGCAGCAAAUGCCGCACUCUCACGCAUCGAUCGCAAGGAUUCAAAGGAUUUCAAUACCUCGUUGGCUGCUAUUAAGGCACAGGCAAAGCGAGAAUUGGAAGCUGAGCGCAAGCAGAAACUGGAGCUGUCUUCCAGCGGCUCCAUUAAUUCUAGCUCUGCUAACGCUAGCGGUUCCCCUCAGGAGAAUCGAAAUUUAGCCUGUCAGGGUGUAUUUUUUCGCUGUCCUUUAAUCAGUGAAGAAGUACUGCCCAAGCAGUCAUGGAAGAUGAAAAUCAAGGAGUUUCUCUACCAACAGCUGGAAUUCGAACGUGGCCUAACCGCUUGCUUGAUCAUCCAGAAUUGCAAUGUUAAGGAGCGGGCAGACGAGUGUAUUGCCACAUUAACUAAAUAUCUGGAGAACAUCGUUCAGCACCCGGAUGAGGAGAAAUUCUGUAAAAUUCGCAUGUCCAACAAGAUCUUCAGUGACAAGGUGCGCUAUGUGGAUGGUGCCUUGGAUGUGCUGCAUGCAGCUGGCUUCAAUGAGGUGCAAAUCGAUGAAGAACCUUUUCUAUUGUGGACAAAUGAACAAAUGGAACCUGGCCUGGAUCUGGCCACGCUGCUGGAUGCCUUGAAGAACUCAGAGCCCAUACAGCUGGAGCUGGAUCGCAAUAUUAAAGUGCUGUUGCCGUCGCAGGCACGUCGCGUUGUCCUCCCGGAUGAUUUCUAUCGCAUAUCACCGGAAGAAAUCAAGCGGGAGCAGCAGCUGCGCGCCGAGGCCAUCGAAAGCUCCCAAAUACUAAAGACCAAGGCAAUGAGAGAACGCGACGAGCAGCGCACUCUGCGUAUGUAUCGCUAUGCUCUAAUAAGAGUCAAGUUUCCUAAUGGUCUCUACAUACAGGGUACCUUUAAUGUGUAUGAAAAGAUAAGCGAUAUAUAUGAGUUUGUGCAAUCUUGCCUAGCUGAUGAAACACUCGACUUCAACUUGGUGUCCGCCAGUGAGGGUAAAUUCAGUGAGGACGACAUGGAGAAGACUUUAUAUGACUGCAAACUCAUCCCAAAUAUAGUUCUACUGUUUGCGGUCCCAGCAAUUCCAACUCCUGUAGCAGCUGAUGUUAACUUUUUAAAGGAGGAGCUGUUUAUGCUGGUGCAGUCAAUGUAAAUGUCCCAUUUAUAUAUAUAUUUAUUCCAUGCAUAGUGUCGGGAAUGCAUUACGACAGCAGUUCAAUGUCGCCAGUUUAUUGGCCUGUUUUGGGUAUACAAAAAUUGUUAUUUAUUCCACGAAACUAAUUAUACACACAUGCUUUAAACUAUCGUAAUAUUUAAAUGCAUUCUAAUUUCGAUACUCAAAAUGUAUCGAUAUCACGUGUGUUAUGCAGCAAGCUCUUGUAAAUGAUGUACUUAGUCCGUUGCUGUAUUAGCGAAUGACCAACUUUUUUUCCGGUUUAUUUUAUGUGGAGAAAUUAAGUUGCUUAGUGAUGAAUUAGAGCACCAUGACUACUAUAUAUUUGUAAGCACAAUUUAAUAUUUACUGAAGAAUAUAUU